AUGGAAAGUACACUGCAGCACAUCUUCAAUCUCAUAAUAAUCGCAGAGUUCAUGCUUGGGAAUUUGAGCAAUGGAUUCAUAGUACUGAUAAACUGCAUUGACUGGGUCAACAAAAGAAAGUUGUCCUUAGUCGAUAAAAUCCUCAUUAUCUUGGCAAUCUCCAGAAUUGGUCUGAUCUGGGAAAUGUUAAUAAAUUGGUUUGCAACUCUGUAUCGUCCAGCCUUAGUUGUGGCUGCAACAGAAUUAAGACUGGUUAUUUUUACCUGGGUAGUUUCCAAUCACUUCAGUCUCUGGCUUGCUACAAUCCUCAGCGUCUUUUAUUUGCUCAAAAUAGCCACCUUCUCCAGCCCCACUUUUCUCUAUCUGCAGUGGAGAGUAAAAAAAGUGAUUCUGACGAUACUGCUAGGAAGCUUAAUUUUCUUGAUUUUAAAUCUGAUACAAAUGAACAUGCAUAUUAAGGACUGGGUAGAUAAAUAUGAAAGGAACACAACUUGGAAUUUCAACACGAGUGACUUUGUAACAUUUACACUGCUGGUUAGAUUCACUAUGACUGUGUUCACUCUAAUACCAUUUACUGUGGCCCUGAUCGCUUUUCUGCUGUUAAUUUUCUCCCUGUGGAAACAUCUCCAGAAGAUGCAGCUCUCUUUCAAAGGACACAGAGAACCCAGGACCAGGGCCCACAUAAAUGCCUUGAAAACUGUGAUCUUGUUCCUCCUACUCUAUGCUACUUCCUUUCUGUCAUUUCUCAUAUCAUGGCUUUCUGUGACGAAUCAGGCCAAACUGGUCCACAUGCUCUGUCAGACUAUUGGAAUCAUCUAUCCUUCAAUCCACUCCUUUGUCCUGAUUCUGGGAAACUCUAAGUUAAGGCAGGCCUGUCUUGGGGUGGCAGCUAAGGUGUGGGCUAUAAGAUGA